UCUCUAUUCUUCGUCAGCAAAGCCAUCAUCUCUCAAGAAAUAAAAAAUACACUGAAAAUAAGGGAACUAUCAAUAGAGUCGUUGACCCUAUUGGCUGUUGGCCUCUCUUCUUCACUUGUGCGAAGUUCUUACAGAUCAUAUCAUCUUGUUCUACCAAGAUCACUGGAAUUAAAAACCAAAAGGGAGCGAAUCGUGAUUGAUGUUUCAGCAGUCCGGCGGCCGGGGUCAAAGACCCAAAGGGUCUAGAGUUAAACAGGCAUUGCAAUUUGGUUUACUCUUGGCAAUUUGUAUAUGGGUAUUCUAUAAACUUCAGCACUCUAAUGAGAAAGGGCGAAGUAAUGUUGACGGUGCAGAAAGGAGGAUUAGUGAAAUGUCCCAGACAGCAGACUUGGGACGUAAGGGGAAAGCCGGUGGCAUUGUGAAUUUGUUCAGAGACCGUAAUGGGGUUGAGGAUAUUGGUGAAAGGGAAGAAGUUGGAGGGGAUGGAGAUGAUGACUUAGAUAAGAAUGUAGUUGUUCACGAGGUAAAUGAAGAAUUGAUGGGAAGUGUCGUAAACGGUGAAGGAGAGAAUGAAGAGGAAAUGGAAACGCAAAGAAGGGGAGACCCUAUUGAUAUUAAAGAUGGGAAUGUAGAGUUUCCGGAUACGAAUGAGAAAGAUAUGAAUGAAGAUAAUGCGGAGGAAAAUGUCAUGAAUCAUGACGAAGAAGUGGAUGACAAGGAAUUCAACAAAGAUGAAAAUGAAGCUAUAGGUGCUGAGAAGGAGCUGAAUAGACGAGAAGAAGGUUCUGAAGGAAAUGCAAAUGGAGAUGAAAGAAUAGAUUUAAACAGCCUGGAAGGCUCGACAAAUACGCUCGAUAAGAUGCAAAUACAGCCUUAUCAAAGGGAGACAACAAAUGCUUCUGAUACGAGUGAAACGGAAGACGGGGUUGAUAGUUUUCAAGAUGUCAAUGGAAUUCCACCAGAUGGUCUUCAACUUGUAAAAUCUUCUCCCAAUGCGGAUGAAGCAGACGAGCCUAAUGCAAGUUCUGAUCAGGAAACCAUUUCAAGUUCAGAUAAUGAGACUGGUCAUCGUGAAAAUACAACAAUAUAUGAGGACAUUGAUAAAUCAUCUGAAUUAGAUGGUGGAGUUGAUGACGAGGUGCAAUUUAGCAAGAAAGUGACUGAUUCAGAAAACAAUGAAGGCAGUGAUCCGUUGCAGGAACUUAUAGCGCUCGGUAGGAUUACCGAACACGCAAAUGAACCCUCAAACACAAACAUGGCCGAUGCAUGAGCUGGGUUUGUAGUGUCUUUUUUCUUCAUUUGUUCUACCUUGUAACUUUUGCUGGCAAGUUUAAUUGUAAUUAUAAUCGGCAAAAAUUUAAAUCUACAAAAUUACCAUAUGGGGAAAAUUUUUCUUACUAG